CGAGGACAGAAGAGAGAGAGCAAAAGAUCCCACCGGCUGAUUUCACACUGCAAGAGUGAUUAUAGCAGCCCGUCUGAAAAAAUGGUAACCUUAUUAGAGGAUCAGUGAUCUGAGCCACAGCACAGCCAGAGCCACAGCAGGCAUGAAUGCAUCUGAUCUGUCUUCCUACCAAGGGGAGGUGAUGCUGGAUAACUCCACCUGGGCUUACUCCUACUAUAACAUAAACUACACCCUGUCCCCUCCGCUGAUACCAGACAAGACCAGCACGACCAAACCCGCAGCAUGCGAGCAGGUCCACAUCGCCGUGGAGGUAUUUCUCAUCCUCGGUAUCAUCUCCCUGCUGGAGAACAUCCUGGUCAUCACUGCUAUCAUAAAGAACAAGAACUUGCAUUCACCCAUGUACUUCUUCAUCUGCAGCCUGGCAGUGGCAGACAUGCUGGUGAGUGUGUCCAACGCCUGGGAGACGAUCAUCAUUUACCUCCUCAACAACAGGCAGCUGGUGGUGGAGGACCACUUCAUCCGCCAGAUGGAUAAUGUGUUUGACUCCAUGAUCUGUAUCUCAGUGGUUGCGUCGAUGUGUAGCUUGCUGGCGAUCGCUGUGGACAGGUAA